AGUCCCUUGAUAUUUUCAUUCCCUUCAUUCCGUUUAGUCCGAAUUUCCCAAAAAUGUUAAGUGUGGAAUAAUUAAACAGGAAUUCAGUGCAACAUCUCCAGAAACCAUGCCCCGUGUGAGUAAACGUCGGCAUGCGGCAAAAGCUGUGUGGAUGUCCAGAAAGUUGGCUAGUCAAUCCACCGCAGCUCUACUCGUUCCACCACCGAAGGCGGAAAAAUGCAGACCCGAGUCGCUACAUGAUCUGGAAUUGUUCGCUGAAGGCGAACUCGAAUCGACGGUCGAAAUCGACAUCAAACUGGAACCCCUGGAGGCCGGACAGGAUGAACAAAUACUGCAGCAGGAUGAAAUGGAAGUUGAGGUGGAACUUUUGGAUCCGAAGGAUACAUGUCCGGCGGAAGAGGAGCUUGAUCCGAUUGGUCAAGAUCCUAAUCAAAAGUUAUUGCAGGAAAAGGAAGAGAACCAGCUGGAGACCCGAUGCAAGUUUUGUCUGAAACAGCUCCGGGAAGCCAGUGGACGAGGUGCUAUCACUCAAUUGAAGAUUGAAUUUGUGUUGGGCUUGCGUGAAUGGGGCACGCCGGGAACGCGACCAGCCUGUUGUGAAGGGUGUCGGAAAAUGUUUGAACUGUUCUACGAGUUCAAGCGGUCCUGUUUGGUGGCAUUGGCACGACCGGCAGAACUUCUCGUCUGGGCCGGGGCAAACAAAAGUGCAGGGAAGUUUGUAAAUUUGAAGCCCAAGAUUGUGAAUAAGGCAAAGAUAAUGGAAAGGAAAAGUGAACGACCCGCGGGAAGCAAGACGAAGAAGCAUGUUCAACAGAAGGAAAAGUUAAAUGAAGGUUCCAAGCAGAAAAGCCUUGAAGUGCAAAUACCAAGCACAGAAGCACUCUCGACAAAAUUGAAACAGGACAUCAAGAAACCAAGUUUUGAAUGUGAGAUCUGCAUGGAGAAAUUUUCCGAUGGGUUGGUGCUAAAGAAACAUUGGUUGAAUCAUUUCCCCACAGCGUCAAACGAAACUGUUACGAAGCCGACUGUUCGAAAAAGAACAACGGAUCUGCCUAUCUCUGAUGCCGCUUCCAAUAUUUCUGCACCGGAACCAGCUCCGUCGACCGCCGUGGUGGAAGAUGAGGAGCAGAAGAAAACUUAUUGUGGCCGUUGCCGGAAAUGGUUUUCGACCAAAACAAUUUACAUACACCACAAACCGUUCUGCAUCAAGUUUCAAGUACGUCCAGAACCGGCGUUCGUAUGCUCUCGCUGUCCGCAGAAAUUUCAUCGCCAGCAGGAUUUGACACUUCAUAUCAACAAGCAUAACGGAGUACGCACGAUUCCCUGUCGGCGAGACGGUUGUACCAAGAUGUUUUUCAAUACGAAAGCUCGCCACACGCACGAAAAGCUUUGCGGUCAGGACGCCCAAUUGAUAUGCAGCGUCUGUGGUUCGCUGUUUCGAUCUGGAGGAGCUCUGCGCAUUCAUUUAGAUACUCACGGCGAUCCGAAGUUUUCGUGUGAACUCUGCAACAAAGCUUUCUAUACCAGAGCCAAUCUCAAAAAGCAUUCUGCAACCCAUUCGGAAGAGCGCAAGUUCCAGUGCAAGGUCUGCGGGAAGCGGUUCAAGUCGUACGAAGCGAACCGGGUGCACCAGCGGAUCCACACGCAGGAAAAGCCAUACGAAUGCCAUAUAUGUAGCCAGCGUUUUAUGUACAACUGUUUGCUGAAGACGCACCUGGAGAAGGGACACGAACCGGAGGAACCGGGGCAACCGGUUUGAAUGCAUGCGAUGAGUAAAAGCUGGAGGAAAAUAUA